AUACCAUCUCUCCAUCAAAAAUAGCAUGUUUGGCUUUGCUUUGAGCCAUUUGCCCUUUUGUGAGCGCAGAUAUCUUUUCAUUCCCGCAAAACCAAAAUGCUUCGCCAUCUUCUCGUGAUUUUGUCAUCCCUGGCGGUGUUGAACAGCAACGAAGUGACCGUUCAGAUGGGCGCCGACGAUAACGAAUCUGACGCCGUUCGAGCACAGAAGCAGGAGAUUAUCGAAGCCACGAAGAAACUGUUGACAGCCAUCGGCGGCGGCGAUUUUGAAGCCUACAAGAAAAUGCGCCAUCCGGAUCUCACCAGCUUUGAGUCCGAAAGCAUAGGAGUCUUGGUGAAAAACAUGGAGUUCCAUCGUUACUUUAUUGAAAACGUUCUCCCACCUGGUGUCCUUCACACCCUUAUUGUCAACCCUCACGUACACAUGUUGGGGAAGGACGCCGCAUACAUCGCGUACAUACGUCUCACUCAGAGCGUGGGGCAGGACUUCAAGGGUAAGACGGACAGGGCGGAGGAGACUCGCAUCUGGCAGCGGAACAACGGCACUUGGCUCAACGUCCAUUUUCAUAGGACCGGCUCCACUUCACUGCACACAAAAUAAUGUUCCUUAUCUUCCUUAUUGCGUCUUUGGAACGCAAACACAUUCUGCUACAAAGUUCUAAUAAAACAUGAGCAUCCAAGAA